AUGCUGCACCAGAUCCUGCAGGACAUGUACAUCGAUCCCGAGCUCCUAGCGGAGCUGAGCGACGUGCAGAAGCACAUCCUCUUCUACAAGAUGCGGCAGGAGCAGCUGCGGCGCUGGCGGGAGCGCGAGGCGUGGGAUGCCCUGGCGGAGGCCGACGGCCUCAGGCCCCCGAAGGCAGCCAGUGACAAGCACAUCCAGUGGCUCCUGGGGGCGGACGGUGAGGUCUGGGUCUGGAUCAUGGGAGAAGGCCCUGGCGACAAGCCCUACGAAGAGAUCUCGGAGGAGCUGAUUGCAGAGAGGGCACGGCUGCAGGCGCAGAGGGAAGCAGAAGAGCUCUGGAGAAAGAAGGAGGCAGAGAUCACCAAGAAGUUCCGGGAUGCUCUGGCCAAUGAGAAAGCCCGGAUCCUGGCAGAGAAGUGGAAAGUGGAGAUGGAGGACCGCAAGGCUGCCAAAAUCCUGGAGGAACGAAUCCAUGAGGAAUUCAAGAGGAAAGAAGAAGAGGAGAGGAAGCGAGGAGAAGAGCAGAUUCGCCUGCAGGAGGAGCAGAGGGCAAAGGAACUCUACUGGUCUCUGAAGCAGGCGCAACUGCAGAGCCACGCCAGCGAGAAGGAGGAGCAGGAGUGGGCCGAGCAGCUGCGACGCUCCAAGGAGGCCGACGAGGAGAGGAGCCGCCGAGCGCAGCGUGCCCGGGACGAGUACCGGCGACACUCGCUUCGUGCCAUCCAGAAGGGCACCGUCGCGGGCCUCAGCUCCAGGUUCCAAGAGCUGGGACAGAGCCAGGAGCAGGAGGGGAGACUCAGUCAGCACCCGCCCAGCUUGGGGCCACUGUCCCCAAUGGCCUUGCCUGUUAGCAGGUCGUGGGAGCGUCCAUUGCGUCCCCUCUCCAGAGAUGUCAUUGUCCGCUGGUUUAAGGAGGAGCAACUGCCACGCCGGGCCGGGUUUGAAAGGAGCACUAGAUGCAUUGCCCCCUGGUUCCACGGAGGAAAUUAUCACUGUUUCAGGAGGAGAAUUGCUGCAGGAACCCUGUGGACAGAAGGACAGCCCACCAGACUACCAUUUGUUGUUUGA